GUCAUCACCCGUGAAACCGUCCCACCACUAUAUAAAGAAGAUAAAUCCUCGCGAAGACGAUCCAGAACAAGUAGUGAUACAGAAACUACAAGAUGAUAAUCAAAUAUAUUUUAUUCUUCACCUUAGCAGCAGCAACAAUCGCUUUACCUUUAGAUUCUUCGGGCCCUCAAUCAUCAGAAACAGAAAAAAAUGAUGUAAUUACCAGCCCAUCUAUUGAAAAUGAACCUGAAGAUAAUCCUGCAAUUUUAACUUCUGAUGAAAUCUCCAAAAACGACAAUAAUAAAGAUUUAUUACCUUCAGAUGUAACUACCAAUCCAAGUGAUGAAGAAAAAUCAGAUUUAGAUACUGCCAAUACUUUUGGGUUUGGUUACGGAGGUUGGGGUGGAUACAGACCGUAUUUUGGUGGUUAUAGGCCAUAUUAUGGUUAUGGUGGAGGUUGGAGAGGCUAUGGCUACGGAGGAUUUGGUGGCGGUUUUGGAUUUUAUGGAAGGUCGUAUCAUCCGUGGGGUUGGAGGCAUAAUUAUUAUUAUUGAAACAAAUAUUAAUUCGAUUUCAAAAAUAAAUCACAUUCAAUUUUAAAAGACUUGGAUAUUAAAUAAAUGUUUUUCUUUUAAAACGGACCAAAAUGUAUUUGUUAAUCAAAUCGCUACUUACUUCAUAGAAAUAAAUUAAUUAAUAUAAAUAUA